GUGGAAGGCGCCUGUACCGGUUGAAUCAGAACGCUAGAGGUAAACAAAACUCUAGUCCGCUCCACCUAUCUGCAAUAAUACACCUUGUCGGAUGCCGCCAGUUUUAUGAUCGAUUGGCAAAGAAUAUCAACAAAGAACUGUGCACUUGUAGGUCGGGAGCUAACCCUCGGGCUCUGCUGUAUAUACCACCCUGACCGCCUUCAUCCGUAACCAUGUACCCUCGUUUGGUGAACAUUAUCGAUCAUGACGGAGGGAAUCUUAUAAGGAACAGAAGUCCUCCAUCAUGGACAUACCUGCUAUUAACCUGACACUGAACAGCGGCAUUAACCUCACCGCCAUGUUGGACUCAGUGGAACUGGACUCAGUGUGCGGAGAGACGGACACCUCAGGGGGAGGCAACUCCAGCCUAUGUAACAACAGGGCCCCUGGAGUCAGCAUGGCCUCUCCUAUUUGCAUGUUCGUCACAGGCGUUCUGGGAAACAUCCUUGCUCUCGCGGUGCUUCACACCACCGGGCGGGAACUGCGCAAGACACCCUACUUCAUCCUUCUCCUUGGUCUGGCCUGGUCUGAUCUGUUCAGUCAGCUCAUGACAUCUCCAGUUAUCAUAUCGGUCUACGCCAACAACUUGCAAUGGCACGGAGGAAAACCGCUGUAUCUACACCGCUUCGUCAUGAUUGGUUUCGGGAUCAUCCUGCCCGUGUUGGUUUGUUGCCUGUCUAUUGAACGACUGUUGGCCUUGAGAUUUACCUACCUCUACUCUCGGAUAGUGACGCUCGGCCGUGCAAAGCUACUCUUCGUACUCUGUUGGAUCUUCGUCAUUAUAUUCUGCACGGGUCCCCUCAUUGGUUUCGGUCGUUACGCCCGGCAAUUUCCAGGAACCUGGUGCUUUUUGAACUUCCACAAUGAAUCUAGCUCCGAUACGGCGUACGCCUUUACAUUCGCGCUGCUAAAUGUGACAGUGAUAGCGAUAAUUGUCUGCUGUAAUUUCACGGUUGUCAUAACUUUGCUGAAGAUGAGGAAGAGCAGACGACAGAAUGGUUCUCCGUCCGCUGUCAGGAGGAGAUAUAUUCAGCCAAAGAAGAUACUUCAGAUGGAGAUGGAAACCCAAAUGGUGUGGUUUCUCUGUGCAGUAACUGUAGUAUUCGUUGCUUGUUGGCUGCCUUUAAACGUUCACAUCGUGCUCACCUUAAGCACCGACAGUAUUGAUUACAGUGGUGAUCUCAAAGCCAUUCGGCUAGCUAGUAUUAACCAAAUACUUGACCCUUGGCUCUACAUACUCUUACGCAAGUCAGUACUUUUGAAAAUCCGGGGAUGCUUGAAACGUUUUCUUCUCUGUGGUGGUAAAGGACGCGGACAUCCUGAUGGAAGAGCAGUGGAUGCUGGCAUUGCCAGCCAGCAUGACAAUGACCUGACGUCUGGAAAUGAACUGAGCGUCCAUCUGGUAGAUACUAACUCGAACUUUACUGCACAUGUGAAAGGAAUACAGACAGUGGCUUUCAACUCACUCCUCUGA